GAAGGAUCACAGUUGAUACAAUAAUAUCGUGUUACUUUUCAAAUCGUUUUUAUAUUAAGCAGUUAAUGUUGAAGUAAAAAAUCAAUAAUUAAAAAUUUUGUCUAUCAUUAACAUCAUAAGUUUAAUUCGACGCAUUAUUUUCUAGUGGUCCUUUUUAACAAUAAUGGAUGAAAGUGAUAAACAGCAAGAUUUUCCUACAAAAUUACAAAAUAUUCCAAUCGAUCGGCAAUAUUGUUGCGAGAGUCUAGUAACAACCGUAAUAAAAGAUAAUUCCAAUCGAUGUAUUUACAUUCCUUUCAUACGUUUGAAUACAUUAGAACGUUCGAAAAAGAUGUUUACAACUGUACUUCUUUUUAUGAUUCUGAUAAUAUGUGUCUUCGUCUCAAUAAUUUACAUCGUGUCUUUAGAUACAGCAGAUCCUGCGUAUCAAAAGAUUCAUAUCGAGCAUGAUUAUAUCGUCGAUAAAACGGAAACGCCGAUUAAAUUUAUUCAAGAAAGAAUUAAUGAAAAUCAAACUUCUGACAUCGAUUUCAAAAAUUUUAACAAAGAUACACUGGAAAUGAUAUAUUCCUUCUUUCCUGACGAUCAAAUUAAAAAGCGUUUUAAACGCGAAACAAAAAUAUCGUUUGAAAAUUGUCAAGAAACAGCGAGUAACUGCGAAUCGGUAAACAAAUUUCUUGAAAUACUCACAAACACUAAACAUUCUUUGUCGAAUUUCUUCGAAAAUAUAGGCUUCGAUCUAAACGAUCUAGAAAAUAAAAAUUCAAAGUUUCUGGAAAUAAUAAGAUGUUUAGAGUGUAAAAAUAUGACAGCUGAAAGUUACGAGUUUGAUCCAAUGAGCAACGAAAAUAAUGAUAUGUCUUUACAAGACGAAGAUGAGAAUAUUCAAAUUGUUAUUAAUUUGUUAGAUGGUAAACACGAUACGAUUGAUUUAGAUUCAAUGAGUAUAGAUGAAAAAGGAGAAGCCGACGAUAUUGCAACUGUGAAUUUGACGCCAGAUCCUGUAACAAAGACGUCGAUUGGUCAAGUUAAAAGAGAUCAUACACGUCAAAUGGUCGAUAACAUUAUAAGGACAAUUGCUAAAGAAUCAACGGAUACAGUUAACGAGAGAUCGAUUGAUUAUGGAUCUAAACUAUCAUCGUCAAGUUCUCAAAUAAUUUUACCCACUGCUGAAGUUAUGCAACAAGCGAGUCAAGUUGAUUUAAAGCCAACGUAUACUUGGAUGCCAUAUCCUACAUGUUUUUAUGGCGUACCUCAAUCUCCUCAGUCUAAUGAUCUAAAUUCACCUAUCUUUCCAACAUCCUAUCCAUCUGGUCCUUAUCCUCAAAUUCCUCAACAGACUAUACCAUCUUCUGGAAAUUUACAAUCAUCAAAUCCGUCUCAACCAAAUUUCUUACAAAUUCAAGCUCAAAAUGUACAAUUACUUCCUCCUCCUGAGAACGUUGUUCCUUGGUUAUCUAUGCCAAAUCAAAAAGUUUCCCCGGCUGGAUCUAGUAGAUUAUUACAAUAUUAUUGCACAUAUUUGCCAGCACCGUCGUUUCAUUCCUCAAAUAUUCCAAGUGUACCAGAUUUUAGACAUGUAGGAAAGAAAAUAGAAAAUUAUGAAUCUUUACGUUGUCCAGUAAAUGCAUUUCUAUGUGUUCAAAACAAUCAAUGUAUCUCGAAAUUAAAAUUAUGCGACGGACAAGUUGAUUGUUUCGACGGUAGCGAUGAAAAGAAUUGCAGCUGUAAAGACAGAAUAGCGAAAAAUCGAUUAUGCGAUGGAUAUGUCGAUUGUCCUAAUGCUGAAGACGAAAUGGAAUGUUAUGAUUGUCCAAAAGAUUCAUUUAGUUGUUUUAAUUCCAAAUACGGAAACAUAGAUCAUAGAUGUGUACCUUUUUCUAAACGUUGUGACGGAUCUCCACAGUGUCUAAAUGGAAAAGACGAAGAGGAUUGUAGUUUACUAUUACCAACACAUGCCAAAAGUACAGAUAUUAACGUGGUUGGAUAUACUGAGGGUUAUCUACACAAAAAUUACGAAGGCAAAUGGUAUCCAGUUUGUUCGGAAGAAACGUCUUUGGCUGAAGAAGCUUGUAGGAGUGAAUUAAGAUUGAAAAAAAUUGAUAAACCGAAAAUUGAAAUUCGUACAAUACCUUGGAGCGGUUUUAAGGGGUCCUUUUUGACAAUAACAAAUAACAAGGUUGAAAUAAUCGAUACUUGCACGAGCACAGUGUAUGUUAAAUGUCCACCUUACCCUUGUGGUGCAACACAUCAAUCUCAAGAGUAUAAUUCUUAUCUUUCUGAACAAGAUAAAAUAAGAAAUAAUUUUAAGAUCAACCAGGCUAAAUUAUCAAGAAAUUCGACAGAAUCGAAUGGAGAAGUAGUUACAAAGCUUAACGAAGAAUUUGAUACGAUCCUAGGAAUAGUUGGAGGUCGUGCUAGUGAACCAGAAGCUUGGCCCUUUUUGAUUGCUAUGUACAGGGAUGGCAAUUUUCAUUGUGGUGGUGUUAUUUUAAAUGAAUAUUGGAUAAUCACUGCUGCUCAUUGUCUCCUUCAAGCUAAUCACUACUAUGAAAUACAAGCUGGCGUAUUACGACGUUUAUCGUUCUCACCUAUGACACAAAAUAGAAUCGCAAAAAGUAUCGUAAUACAUCCUAACUAUGAUCCUUAUAUGAUGAGAAAUGAUAUUGGGAUGGUAAUGUUAGAUGCCCCACUCCAUUUUAAUCGAUGGGUUCGUCCUGCAUGUUUUCCAAAUAAAAAUAUACUGGGUUCGAUUUGGGAACAAGUGCCAUCCGUUGAUACAAUGUGUGUGGUUAUGGGUUGGGGUGCUUGGAUGGAACGAGGUCCUGACACUGAUCAAUUGAGAGAAGUUGCAGUACCUAUUUUGUCACAAUGUACUGAUGUUGAAUAUGACAAUAUAACUGAGAUUUGUGCUGGAUAUCCAGAAGGUGGUCGAGAUGCUUGUCAAGGAGAUAGUGGUGGUCCUUUAUUAUGCAUGAAUCCAUCCGUGGACUUGUCUUAUUACGUAGCUGGUAUAGUUAGCCAUGGUGAAGGUUGUGGUCGUCCAGGAAAACCUGGUGUUUAUACAAAAGUUAGCUAUUUCGUCGAUUGGAUCAACCAAAUUUCUGGAGGACGAUCGACAAUUCGUAGGAAAGGUUAUCCUCUAAGAAAAUGUCCUGGUUUUAAUUGUCACGAUGGAAAGUGCUUGCCAAAUAACCAACGUUGCGAUCGAACGAUACACUGUUUAUAUGGCGAAGAUGAAGAAAACUGUAACGAUUUUACUGAUUUUCAAUUAUUCAAAGAAUCCGAAAACAAAUCUCAUAAUGAAUAUAUUAUGUAUAAUGAUACAUAUUACAAUGUUGUUACUGAUAUAUCCAAUAUGAAUGAAACCACGAUUGACAGUUCAGAUACAGAUGCUCCUUGCACUACGGAAAAUAUUUUAUGGUCAUCGUCGGAAACUAGUGCAUAUACUGAUAUUUCUGAAACUUCCUCGUCAACUAUAAAAAACAUAGAACUAACUUCUAUCUCAGCAAACACAGAGAAUCCUGUUUCUUUCGUAUUUACAUGCCAACUAUUACUUCAAAGCAUACAUAUAAGUAAACGAUGUGACAAAAUAAUCGAUUGCGAGGAUGGAACAGAUGAACUUAAUUGUACAUGCAAAGAAACUUUAUCUCAAUACCGACCAGAAGCAAUAUGUGAUGGAUACGUAGAUUGUGAAGAUAAAACUGACGAAAAUGAUUGCAAGAUAUGUUCGGACGAUCAGUUUCUUUGUACUAGAAGUAAAACGUGUAUACCCUUGUCAAAAAAAUGCGAUGCGAAAUACGAUUGUCCUUUAAAGGAGGACGAAUUGGAUUGUUUCAUCUUAAGUAAUGGUGAGUACGUGAAUAUGGAUAAUGAUGGACGUCCAAUUUUAAAUAUCGAGGGUGUCCUCACCAGAAAUCAAAAUGAAAAAUGGUAUCCAACUUGUCAUCAUUCUAUAACAGUCCGUAAUCAAUCAUCAUCUGUAUUUAUCGCUAAUAAUAUGUGCGAAUAUUUUGGAUUCCAAAACGUUGAUAAGGUUGAAGAGGUACCAGUAUUGAACAUGAAUCUAGAAUUGAAAUAUAUAAACGGAACCAACACGACUUAUUACCGGUCUAUGCCGACGUACGUCGCUCCUAGCGAGGUACUAUCUACGUGUCUAGGUCUUUACAUUCAUUGUAGACCGGUUCCAAGCAGCAGUGCAAAUGUACACUUGCUUGUCGAUCCGAAAACCGGAAGUCGUACUUAUAUCUGGCCGUGGUUAGCUGCAGUCUUCGUCGAUGGUUUUUAUCGUUGUUCAGCAAUUCUUUUAGAACCAAAUUGGCUAUUAUCUAGUUCAACAUGUACCAAAAAUAUCAGAUUAUCAGAAAACUACACAACCGUAUUGUUGGGUUAUUCUCCGUCGUUCCUUUACGCGGAUGGGCCUCAUCAACAAGUAUCAACUGUAGACGAAAUCAAAAUUUUAAACGACACAGGUGCAUCUCUUAUACAUUUGAAGACAUCAAUCAAUAUGACGCGUCAUGUUCAAGCACUGUUCCUUGAGAAAAAAAUUUACCCACCAAAUAGUAAGGACAAUUGUAUGGCAGUCGGUACGGACAACGAAUUAACAAUUCAUUCCGUAUUUUUGAGACCAGUUGUGAAAAACUGUCGAAAGUGUCAUCGUUGUUUCGUAAAUGCUGUGAGCAAUCUCUGUACAACAAAUAAUACGUCAAACGAUUGGAAUGGAGUUAUAUUUUGUCACGGAGCCAAAGGCUGGUAUCCAUCGGCAGUGUUUCAUGAAAAAAAUGCACCUUGCAGUUUUCAACGAGUGCAAGUUUUAACAAGCAUUGAUUAUUUAAAUGCAUAUCUUACUCAAGCAAUGGAAGAUAAAAUACAGCCAUAUAAAGAGCCUACAUGCGACGGUGUUCGUUGUAAAAUUGGCCAAUGUAUUCCUUAUGAUCGAGUUUGCGACGGGGUCCCAGACUGUCGAGAUGGUUUCGAUGAGAACAUAAAAAAUUGUUUAAAAUUAAAGGAACUCCGUCAGAAAAACAUAAAGCCUAUUAAAUGUUUUCAAUCCCAGUUACGUUGUGAAAAUGGCGAGUGCGUAUCAAAAAGUGUAUUUUGCGAUGGAAAGUUCGAUUGCACUGAUAGAAGCGACGAAAUGGCCAAUUGCAAUUGCGCGAAUUACUUGAGAUUGACUGCACCGGGACGUCUUUGUAAUGGUAAACGAAAUUGUUUGGAUAAAUCGGAUGAAUCGCCAAUGAUGUGUCUUUGCAAAGAUGACAAUUUCAGAUGUGCCGGAAUCAAUGGUACUGAAAUAUGUAUUCCACAAGAAUUCGUAUGCGACGAAGAAAAUGAUUGUCCAGGCGGUGAAGAUGAAGCAGAAUGUAAAAAAAUACAAGAAUUUCAUAAGGAUACGACCAAUAUCGGAGAAUUAAUCCAGAGAAGUUUUGGUAUUUGGCAUUCGGUAUGUUUUCCGAAUCCAAUAAACACAAACGACGAUGCAUCCGAGAUCUGUAAAUCAUUAGGUUACGUUUCUGGUAAAUUAUCGAACAAACAAAAUGAUACCGGUGCAAUGGUGCCAGUUUUCGACGAUUUUUAUAUAGUCAGAGUAAAUUACAAAACAUGGUUAACAAUGAGAGACGAUAAACCAAUGGUAAAAUUGACGAAGCCAUGGAUACCCUGUUAUCGUGCAUUCAUUGUUUGUAAUUCAAAAUAAAUAAAUAAUAUAAUGUAGAUUAAUAGAUAUUAUUUGAUAUAGUAAUUUCUAUACAAUUAUUUAUUGCAUAUUAAAUAUCAAUAACUAUUUGUAAAUGAUAAAUAUUUAUUAAAU